AUGUCAUCAUCUUCACCGAAUCCAAACCUACCAGUCGGAUCUAAGAACAAUCUCAAUCUUCACCGUAUACAAUUAUUGCCCACGUCCUGUAAACCUACAAGAAUGGAUACCGGCCUUCAGGAAUGUGAAGUGGAAAAAACCGAAGGCUCAUUGAGGCAGAGGUUAUGGAACUCCAAUCAACGUGCUAAGCGUGUUCUGAGUCGAAUUUUUCCCAAGUCUUCAACUCUCUCUAUCCCUAAAAAAUCUUCAAGUUUAUCUGUGAAUGUGGUCGAUGAUAACAUCAAUGAACUCGGCUCGCCACCCGAUUACGAGGAUAUCGAUCAUGAUGUCUGUGGACAGUCUUCACUUGUCCCAGCGCCGAUCCAUCUAACAGAUGAUUAUGUGAGUGGGGGGCUCAAUUGUAGUGCAUCUCCAUGUUUGAUCGGUCUCAGAAACAUUCCCAGCGGCACGUCAAGAAUUGAACAUCGUCAUAGUGUCUCACAUUGUGACCGCAGACAUGUCUCAUCUUCGCCACUUCGUAGGCCUGCGACUCCCUCCGUGCAUUCAACAAGACAAGAAACUACUCAGAAAACCUCAUCACGUUCGGGAUCGACCUCUCAUCCUAUCUCUGCCAGCCGGCGCGCUCGCCAAGCUCGUCGAGAUUUACAGGCAGCCAAAAAGUCUCUACCCGUUCUCACUCAAAAGUUUCCGAUCCCUACUCUUGAUAUGUUAAAAACUAAAAAGAUCAACAGACGUGGGAUGAUGAAAACGAUGGCUUUCAAUUUCAUUCACGUGCUUAUAAUCUAA